AUGCGUGGUCUCCUCUCGUUGACCGCGCUGGCCAGCGCGCUGGCUAUGGCCUCGUCUGCAGCUGUCGGGGCUCGUGCUCCUUCCUGCAGCGGUCCUGUCAAGAGCUCUCCAUCUACAUACUGGCUCGCUCAACAGGACCACACCGGAAAUCCGCGCGGAUAUGCCCCUAAUGCAGGAGGGAACUACAACUACCCCGUCUGGCGUAAUGUUCUGGAUUAUGGUGCAAAAAAAGACGGCUCCGGCGACCAGACUGCCAGCUUGCAAAAAGCCAUCAACGACAAUGGCAGCGGUGGAAGCCGUGAAAGCUCCGGUGUCACUAGGUAUCCGGCUCAGGUCUAUCUUCCAAGUGGUACCUACCAGCUGGGGAGCACACUCAACCUCCGAGUUGGCACGCUCAUUGUUGGGGACCCAAUUAACCCGCCUGUGAUCAAGGCGGCGCCCGGGUUCAACGGCAAUACGCUCGUCAAUGGAUACGAUUCCAAGAAUGGGCCCCCGGAGACCAGCUUCAUGACGCUCAUGAAGAACGUGGUGUUGGACACCACUGCUCUCCGACCUGAUACUCGGAUUACGGCUCUGCAGUGGGGUGUGGCGCAGGGUUCAGGUCUGACUAACGUUAAGAUCAACAUGCCGAAUUAUUCCACCGGUCAUACCGGCAUUCACGUCCAGGCGGGGUCUACUAUCGCCAUAACCGAUGUGCAAAUCAAUGGAGGUGUCGUUGGCAUCGACAACUCCAACCAGCAGGUCAACUUCAAGAACAUCCACUUCAACGGCUGCACAACCGCCUUCAAAGCGUCCGGUGGCCACACUGCUCUGCUUCAAGGCGCUACAUUCGAGAACUGCGGAGUGGGCAUUGACAUGACCAGUAACGGACUGGGAAGCUUGGUGCUGCUGGACUCGACCUCAGUCAACUCUGGGACUACGAUCAAGUUCCACGACUCGUCCAACGAUGGUGGGAACCGCAACAGCCAAAUCCUGAUCGAGAAUUUAACUCACGACAAUGGAAACCCCAUCGCCCAAGACAGCAACGGCAACGUCAAACUGGCCAGUACGUCUCAUGUAGACACCUGGGUCUGGGGGAAUGUUACCCCAGGCCAAUACCAAACAGGAACCAGCUUCAGCACCAGCCGUCCCGCCGUGCUGCUGUCCGGAGGCAAGUUCUUUACAAAAGCCCAGCCUACGUAUGCCGAGUACGCCAGCGACCAGAUCGUCAACGUCAAGGCCGUCGCAGGCCACGCCGUCAAAGGCGACGGAUACACCGACGACUCUGCUUCCCUCAACGCCAUUCUGGCCGAUAACGCGGCCAACUGUAAGAUCAGCUACUUCCCAUACGGUGUGUACAUAGUCAAAGACACGCUGGUCAUCCCGCCCGGCUCUCGGAUCGUUGGAGAGGCGUGGUCAGUGAUUUCCGGCGCGGGCAACGCCUUCAAGGAUGCCCGCAACCCCAAGGCUGUUGUCCGGAUUGGCAACCCGGGCGACGUGGGCGUCGCAGAAAUCCAAGACAUGCGGUUCAGUGUUUCUGAGGUCCUCCCGGGAGCCAAGAUCCUUGAAGUCAACAUGGCCGGCAGCGCUCCAGGCGACGUGGGCUUGUGGAACACAAUUGUGACUGUCGGUGGCACCGCCGAGACCAGCAUCUCGACCAGGUGCACGAACCAGGACACCUCCCAGUGCAUGGCAGCGUACAUGGUGAUGCACCUGACCAAGAGCUCGUCGGCCUACAUCGAGAACUUCUGGGGCUGGACGGCUGACCACAACCUGGACGGCGGGUCGGGAUACACUGUUAUCUCCACAGGCCGCGGAGUACUGGUCGAAUCGACCAAAGGAACAUGGCUGACGGGAACUGGCUCUGAGCACCACUGGUUAUAUAACUACAAUUUCCACAACGCGCAAAACGUCUACGCGGGUCUACUCCAGACCGAGAGUCCGUACAUGCAGGGUAGCGGCGCGACUCAAACGGCGCCUGCGCCCUGGACCGCGGACUCUGCAAUUGGUGAUCCGGACUUCUCCUGGUGCGCCGGCGGCGACCAGAAGUGCCGCACAGCGCUGGCGACCAACGUCGACGGCGGCAAGGACGUGCUGCUGUAUAAUUCCGCGGCGUGGGCAUUCUUCGACGGCGAGUGGUACGGAGAUUACGGGACUCAGUGCAGUGGAACCUGCCAGACCAACAUGAUGCGGGUGAGCAACAACCCAGAGAACCUGGUGUGGUACUCGAUCAACACGCGCAAGACGAACGUGAUGGUAUUGGACGGACAGUCGAAUCCGACCGAGUAUAAUCACCCAGGAGGAUGGGAGGCCAUCAUCCAAGCAUACCGGCAGUUUGCUUAG